UAUGUACUUGAUGAGGCUAGCUGGGAUACCAUAUCCGCCCGCCCAUGAUCAAUGAAUGCAUGAAUCGACCUUGUCGAUGCCGUCAGUCACUUCUCCGAGACCCAUGCCAAUACUAGACUACUACUCCGUACCCUUUUCUUCACUCUUCCAUUUUCUCGGGCCCCCAUAGCUUAGCUGAGCCUCGUCGUCACAAAUCACCCCACAAUCACAAUCACAUCCACACUUCACCCUCUUUUCUUGUCUCUUUCUCUCACAAGUUGGUUUUGGUCCGCCGCCCUGGGUAUCCGCUUGGACACAAGCUUCCACCAGGCGAGAUGAAAGGGUGCCACAGAUCUUGAUUCGCAACAAUGUCCCGGCCAGUUCUGUCUCAGGCUCGCCGAUAAAGAUCAUCCUCCUCUAUGGUCCUUGUCGUCAAACAGCCCAACCAGCGUGGUUGCUACCUCCGUCUUGAGAUGGCGGCGCCGCCUGUGUCCCCGUGAGAUCUUGCAGAUGCUCCACGGUUCCCGAUAUUGGAGGCUCAGUGUAGCCCACCCUGGUUCCGUCAACUUGGAUGUCGGUGCCCCUACUGCACUGUACGCCUGUGAUGGUGGGAUGCGAUCUGGUACGGCACAGAUCCCCGGUCGACUACGAUACGUGGUUCCCAGUCCCUGAGCCUUCUGAUGGGCCCUUUUCUUGUCCCUUCUUAUGGCUUGUCUUAAUUCGUCUGGCCCUGCAUUUGCUUUUUCGAGCUGCCCUGUACCAUUUGCAGCUCGUACAUCCUAAACUCGUGUGUACAAGACCUAUAUGCCUGCUAGGACAUGUCGUCAAGCGAAACGUCCCCGUUUUUGGCACCCAAGUCUUGCCGUACCCAUAAAGUGAUGCUGGUCUGUUUUUCUUCUGCUCAUUCUUUGGCUUGUUGCCUCGCCUCAGGCCGAGUCUGUUCUAAACAAGUGGUUCAGAUCUUGCACAUGUUGGGUCACACAGCCCAGUGCCCAUCCCUCCCUCACUCGCUUGUCCCGGAGAAGCCAGUCAACCAGAAUGUGAGUCCUUGGAUCAUGUCCGGUGACAGAUUCCUCCGCCGUGUUGUUUCUUCAGACUCACGGCCGAGUGUCCAUAUAAGACCUUCCUGCCCUCCAUCGUAGUCCUUAUUCCCAGCCCUUCAGACCUCAUCAACCCACUGCCGCUCACUUUCACUACUCUUCCUCAUCAAGCUAGGCAUCUCAAACUUGGCACUUAUUCUCUCACUAUUGGCGUCAUUGGUUUGAUAGCGCCCUGACUACAAGCUUGUUUAAAGCAGUACAAGUCCAUACUGCUUGCUCACACAUCCAACACCUUCAUCAUGGCUCCUCCAAGAUCCAGCCGGGUGCGGCCUUCAGAGGUCGCAGCUGAUACCAAGAGAAAUUUCAUUCCACUUGUCAAAAAGAACUAUGGCGAAGUUUUCCCACCAUACUCCUACCUCUAUAGACAGCCCAUCAUGCAACUCGCCAUCCAGCGUCAGAAGCCUACGACUCGGCCACCCUCCUUUAGAAUCGAAGUGGGAGACCCAGUCAUGAAGGCAUUGACAUAUGCAGCCAUGGAUACACAACAAAGCGAGGCUAUGGGAGGUCCUCGUGUGCGGAUUCCGUUCAUAUGCGCUGCGAAUGAACGGAGGCCCGGAGGUGACUGGGAAACUGGAUGCGUCGGAUAUGAGGAGAAGCUAUGCCGGCGAAGUAACCUCUCAGCCACAUUGAACACGCCAUGGCCGAACUCGCCGGAACCCAACAACUACCCGAUCCCAUCACAGGGUGGCAUCUUAUCUGAUGCUGUUGUGGUUUGCCGUGGACCACAUGACCGCUACGACAGGCUGGAGAGCUGGUUUGACCUACCCGUCGUGUCGGUACCACCAACCCGAUGGCCCAAACUCAAAGACAACGGACUCAAGUACUCUUUUGCAGAGGAACGUGAGAUGACUCGUGAUAAGCUUCGCGGAGCUCUCCGUAUCUGUCUUUACAACGGAUAUGACCGUGUUGUCAUUGGGGACUUUGGCUUAGGCAAUGGCUACCGCAAUCCUCCCCAAGAGCUGGCAGAGCUCUGGCGGGAUGUACUGCUUUUCGACCCCGACCUUCGAGGACAGUUUGCAUACGUUGUCUUUGUCUUUGAAGACCCCCUACAAAGCACAAUGCGCCACAUCAUGGACGAGAUUACCAAGAAGGAGAACAAGGGCAAAUCUAGGACUGGAUCCUCCAGCUCGUCCGGAUCGAGCAAAAGCCACAGUAACGCUCCCGCUGAUCGUGAAAUUUUCGAGCACGUCUUUAGUGCGAGUGAGGUUGACCGAGUUCUGCGACAGCCUGACCCACGAUACGGACUUAACAUGAUUACAACAUGAUUUAGUUUGUAUCAAUCUGAGACAGAUUCCAGAACACGGCUUGCCAACCCGAGAGCCGUACCAGCGGAGAUCUUGAGUCGGGUCUGUCGACAAAGAAAAACUUGUCUCAGGAAGACGAGCCUAUGAUGACUCUAAGAGUUAGUCAUUUUUUGAGGCCGACCGACCUGGCGGGACCCUUGCGAAACGUUUCUUUUUUUUAUUUUUAUUUUAUUUUUAUUUAUAUUUCAACUGCACUUUCCCGCAUUCUGGCGGUCAACCGAGGAACGACGAAAAGUCAGCGAGCGCUUAGGGCAACUAUGAUACCAACCUCGACGAACAAUUGUCCAAGGCCAAUUAUGAGGCAAUGCAAUGGAUGGGGAAUCUACGGGACAGAGACCAGACGAAGUCAGGACAAACGCAGUGUUACGGGAGUCAUGUUGGUUCUUUGCUAUUGUUGAUUGUGGUCAGUUGACAAGGAAUUUCUUUUUCUUGGUGUUUGGGGUUUGUGUUUGGCGCCUUAUUGAUUCCCGAUCUACAAGUGGCCCUGUCAGGCUCCUGUAUCACGACGAAUAAAUGAUGGUAUCGGCGUUGGGUGUUUCACAUAUAUAUUUAGCUCAGCUGGUUAAGGAAUCUUGUUGUUAUCUCAUGUCGCACACGGAAGCACUGCAUGCCGUUUCACAGCCUCGAUCUGCAAUGUCGCUCGAGGGUUUGAUGUGCGAUGAACUCGGCCGAGACCCCAGUCAGGCUGAGAUGUGAGCAUCCUAUCGGUCCUCAAGCACUGAGAACUUAUAAGGCAGGACAGCAAUUCCGAGGCGAUAUCUGAAUACUAGGGUUCAUUGGAAGAAACA